AUGACCAGGUGGAUUGUAUUACUUUGUGUUUGUCUGUCCGUCACCUCGGCAACAUUCAACAAUUAUCAGCAAAUCAGCAGCUAUGAGGAGCACUCCUUUCUGGACCCUGAGGACACACUGAGUGUGAGCGUCCCCCUGGAGCUGCCUCAGCGCCCUCUACUGGGCAGCACCUUGGUACUACCCUGUUACUUCCAGGACCACACCGUCCACGACCCCGGCGCCCCCACCAUUGCCCCCCUGUCACACCGCAUCAAAUGGAGCCGCAUCACCAAGGAGCGUGUCUCUGUCAUCCUGGUGGCCAUGGACGGAGAGGUCAAGGUGGAGGAGGACUAUCUGGACCGGGUCCACAUGGUGGGCUACCCCCAGACCCCCACUGACGCCAGCAUCAAGAUUACAGAGUUGAGGUCCAACGACACCGGCACCUACCGAUGUGAGGUCCAGCAUGGCAUCGAGGACAACCAUGACACUGUGGACGUCCUGGUUCAAGGUAUCGUGUUUCACUACCGGGCCAUCACGACACGCUACACUCUGACCUUUGAGAAGGCCAAGGCAGCCUGUAUCCAGAACAGUGCUGUGAUCGCUACCCCAGAGCAGCUCCAGGCCGCGUACGAUGACGGCUUCCACCAGUGUGAUGCCGGCUGGCUCUCUGACCAGACUGUCAGGUACCCAAUCCAUGAUCCACGUGAGAAUUGCUAUGGCGACAAAGACGAGUUCCCUGGGGUGCGAACCUACGGAGUGAGAGAUGUCAACGAGACUUACGACGUGUACUGUUUUGCCGAGAAGAUGACAGGCAGUGUGUUCUACUCUGGCUCUGUGGCUAAGUUCACCUACUCUGAGGCUGAGGAACAGUGUAGUAAGCAGGGGGCCCUGUUGGCCACCACAGGACAGCUGUACCUGGCCUGGCAGGCUGGUCUGGAUGUGUGCAAUGCAGGCUGGCUAGGAGACAGGAGCGUUCGCUACCCCAUCAAUGUCCGGAGGCCGCAGUGCGGAGGGGGUCUGCUGGGGGUACGGACCGUGUACCUCCACGUCAACCAGACGGGGUACCCCCUCCCCGAAUCCCGCUAUGAUGCCUACUGCUACACAGAAACGGACGAGGAGGGCUCAGGCAUGGUGGUGCCCACCGAGGCGGGCAGCGGCGUGCUGAGCAUUGCCACGGUGACCCAGGGUCCUCCCGAGGUGUUCUUCAGGAACAUGACCACAGAGAGCGAGGCGCUGGGCGAGGGCCUGGCCACCCAGAAACCCACUAGCGUGGACUUCACCUUCGGCACUGAUGUCACCGAGCUGCCCCUACCACAGCCGCCCAGUGUGACAGAGUUGGUUGUGGAUGUGGUGGGGAGAGUAACGGCCAGGCCGGAUGUGGGGAGUGAGAUCGGCGAAGUGAGCAGAUCAGGAUAUUUAUUUUCUGCUACAGGCGUGGUGUUUCACUACCGUGCUGGAUCUAGUCGCUAUGCCUUCACCUUCGUGGAGGCCCAGCUGGCCUGUCAGAGUGUUGGAGCCUCCAUCGCCACCCCAGAGCAGCUCCAGGCUGCCUAUGAGGCCGGCUACAACCAGUGUGAUGCAGGCUGGCUUCUGGAUCAGACCGUCAGGUAUCCCAUCGUGUCUCCUCUGGAGAAGUGCUCUGGGGAUCUGGAGACUUUACCAGGAGUGAGGACCUAUGGACUGAGGCCCGCUGACGAACACUACGAUGUGUACUGCUACGUGGACAGACUCAGGGGUGAUGUGUUCCAUGCUGGCUCCAGUGAGGGCUUCACCUAUGACGGUGCUCUGGCUCACUGUCAGGAGCUCAACGCUACCCUGGCCUCUACUGGCCAGCUCUACGCCGCCUGGAGACAAGGCUUGGAUAAGUGCCGCGCAGGUUGGCUAAUCGACCGGAGUGUCCGGUACCCCAUCACCAACCCCCGGGCGGCGUGUGGUGCAGGGAAGGCAGGGGUGUACACAGUAUACACCCACAACAACCAGACGGGAUACCCAGACCUGUAUUCCAGAUAUGACGCCUACUGCUUCAAAGUGGACAUCUUGUUUGUCGCCAAUGAAACUGGAUUGAACAUCACAGAGAUAGAAGAGGCUUUGGUUAACCUCACAUCCAUCACUGAUUUGCUGAGGCCUGUCCUGCCUUCCAUCACUCCUCCCAUCUCUGUGGAGUCCUCAGGCUCUGGUUCCGGGGCCUCUGGGGCGAGUGGAUCCUCCGGAGAUCUCUCUGGUGAUCACUCCGGUGAACUGCCUCAUUCCGGGGAUCUGUCCGGGUCAGGUGAUCUUUCAGGCAGCGGAAGCGCAGAGAUUCCCAGCGGAUCAUCUGGUCUGAGUAGUGGAGAUGCGUCCGGCUCGGGGCUGAGUGGAGACGGAUCGGGAAUAACGGUCACUUCAGGGAGGGGCAUUGUUUUAUCCGGUUUGGGCUCUGGGGGUCCUCAGGAGGCUGGAGAGGGAAUAACGGUCACCUUCUCUUCAGGGAGUGGCAGCGUUUUAUCCGGUUUGGGCUCUGGGGGUCCUCAGGAGGCUGGAGAGGGAAUCACUGGGAUCCUCACCUUCCCCACGGAAAUGGGAUUGGGAAUGUUCAGUGGCAGUGGGUUCCUGUCGGGAUCGGGAAGUGGCUCCGGUGUCAGUUCUGAGGAGAGCGGCUCUUCGUCUGACAGCUCCAGCAGCUCUGGGGAAAGUGGGGAGUUGUCUGGAAUGUCGUCCGGCUCCAGCUCUAGUUCCAGUGAGGAGUUUUCCGGAUUUCCCUCAGGAUUCUUUCCCUCAGGAGGCUCCAGUGGUCAUUCGGGAGAGGAGUCGGGAAGCGGAGACACUCAGGUCCUGCUGAUCGAUGGUAAACUGGUGGAGGUUUCCACCUCUCACACACACAAAGAGAAGGAGCUGGGUGGAGGGGGCCUGGAAUUCAGCGGCUCCGGAUCUGGCAGCAGUGGCUCAGGGUUCUUCCCGAGUGUGACCUUCUUGGGGUCAGGGUUUACUGACCUUACGGGGUCAGCCUCAGGGGAACAGGAGGCCUCGGGGUCUCUCCACUACGGCUCUGGAAGUGGUGAUAUCAGCGGUUCGGCCUCGGGCAGCAGUGGCUCAGGGUUCUUCCCGGGUGUGACCUUCUUGGGGUCAGGGUUUACUGACCUUACGGGGUCAGCCUCAGGGGAACAGGAGGCCUUGGGGUCUCUCCACUACGGCUCCAGAAGUGGUGAUAACAGCGGUUCGGACUCGGGCAGCAGUGGCUCAGGGUCCUUCCCGGGUGUGACCUUCUUGGGGUCAGGGUUUACCGACCUCACAGGGUCAGCCUCAGGAGAACAGGAGGCCUCGGGGUCUCUCCACUACAUCUCCGGAAGUGGUGAUAUCAGCAGUUCAGACUCGGGAAGCAGUGGCUCAGGGUUCUUCCCGAGUGUGACCUUCUUGGGGUCAGGGUUUACUGACCUUACGGGGUCAGCCUCAGGAGAACAGGAGGCCUCGGGGUCUCUCCACUACGUCUCCGGAAGUGGUGAUAUCAGCGGUUCGGCCUCGGGCAGCAGCAGCUCAGGGUUCUUCCCGGGUGUGACCUUCUUGGGGUCAGGGUUUACUGACCUUACGGGGUCAGCCUCAGGAGAACAGGAGGCCUCGGGGUCUCUCCACUACACCUCCGGAAGUGGUGAUAUCAGCGGUUCGGCCUCGGGCAGCAGCGGCUCAGGGUUCUUCCCGGGUGUGACCUUCUUGGGGUCAGGGUUUACUGACCUUACGGGGUCAGCCUCAGGGGAACAGGAGGCCUCAGGGUCUCUCCACUACGGAUACGGAGCGGGAAGAGGUGGAUACGCAUCAGGGUUCGGAAAGUCGGGCUUCCCAUCCGGGGACAUGUCUGGAAUCUCCAGAUCCUCCACCAGCGAUGAUGAGGACAGCGCUGUCACCUUCCUGACUAAUGACUUCAUGACAGAGGCUUCCAAGGCGACCACAGUUUCCAUGGAGCUGGGGGCUGGGCCAGUGCAGUUCAGCGGGCAGGGAAGUGGGUCCCACACAUGGAGCGGUGCUGACCACCCAACCCAGGCCAGCGGUGUCUCAUCUGGGGCACACUCUGGAGAUCUGUUCCCUGUGGUGCUGUCCUCUCCGCCCAGCAACAGGGAGCUUAUGGAGGGCACAGAAGGGCUAGAGGAGGCCAUGGCUGGCAGGGCUGAGCUAGGGGAGACCACCAGCGAGUUUUACGUGACCUUUGCCCCCGACCUUGCUCCUGCCGGAUUGGCUGCCCCAGCCAUCUCCCUGCAGACCCCUGCCGUCAUGGAGGAGCCAUCCUCAGAGGAGGGUAUCCCUAACCCAUGUGACCCUAACCCGUGUGGUGCUGGGUCAUGCUCAGUGGAGGAUGGUGUUGGGUUGUGCCAGUGUCCGCCCGGGAAAGUGGGAGAAGGGUGCCAGUAUGAGGUUGAUGUGUGCCAUUCCAACCAUUGUGCCAAUGGAGCCACCUGUGUGGAAAAUGCAGACUCUUACAAAUGCUUAUGCCUGCCCAGCUACGGAGGGGACCGCUGCGAGAUUGACGAGCAGGAUUGUGAGGAGGGGUGGACUAAGUUUCAGGGCAACUGUUACAUGCACUUCCCCGAGAGAGAGACCUGGCUGCAGGCCGAGCAGCGCUGCCGAGACCUCAGCGCUCACCUGGUCAGCAUCAUCACCCCAGAGGAACAGCACUUUGUCAACUCCAACGGCCAGGACUACCAGUGGAUUGGACUCAAUGACAAGACAGUGGAGAAUGACUUCCGCUGGAUAGACGGCACACCACUGCAAUUUGAGAACUGGCGGCCGAACCAGCCGGAUAACUACUUUAACUCUGGAGAAGACUGUGUGGUGAUGAUCUGGCACGAGAACGGCCAAUGGAACGACGUUCCCUGCAACUACCACCUGCCCUUCACCUGCAAGACUGGCCCAGUCUACUGUGGCGCUCCGCCAGAGGUGGAGAAUGCCAAGAUGUUCGGCAGCAGGCGGGAGCAGUAUACUGUGGGGUCCAUCAUCCGCUACCGGUGUAACCCAGGCCUCCUACAGCGCCACCUGCCUGUGGUGCGCUGCAUGGCAGACGGACAGUGGGAGAAGCCACAGGUGGAAUGCAUGGGCGCAGUGCCCUCCCCCAGUAACAGAAUACAGCGCAGAUCGAUCAGAAGGCGAGGAGAAUCAACCAGCAGCAAACGUCACUAAGCAGGGAAGAUUAAGGGAGAUCUCUUGAAGAUAAUUAUUUUAUAAGAACAUUUACAGAACACAGAAGCCAUUUUCUAACUUACUAAAGAGGUUUGAAUGUUUGAAGUACCCACCUUGUACAUAAGACCAAAUCAACUUUGAGCAGUAACAUUGUCUUUUCAGUUUGUCACUCUCUGACUAUUUAAAAAAAAGUAUAAAUUAAGCCAUUAUGUAAUUGUAUGUUUUUGUCAUUCUUGUCCCAAAAUAAUGACAUGUUUUCGUUAUAUAUAAGAGUUGUUUAUUGUUUGGAGUUUUAUUGUUAUUAUUAAUAUAAUUUUUGGUUUUGGUGGAUUGUGAUGCCGUCGAUAAGAGUUGUUGCUAAAAUAUUUUGUCCAUGUCGCCAACUAGACUGGAUUAUGGAGACACGGUGUCGGGUGAAGUUUCCGCUAGACACUGAUCUUGGGUCAGUUUUACUUUUCCUCCACUAAUGGUUAAGAUUAGGGUUGGUGGAGAGGAAGCUGAUCCUAACUCUGUACCUAGGGGAAACUUCACCCCGGAGCAUGUACUCAUAGACGGUGCAUCAAUCAGACUCUCUAGUCUGUUCUAGAUCUUUGCCAAACCAGACAGUGUGUGUUAGACUGUACCACCCAGAGGUAAACACCCAAUCUGGACCAGCUGGUAUUUAGUGGGGGUUUGGCACGUUGCUAUGAGCCAAGCAGAGGCUUGGUGAAAUUCACCCAUGAGGAGAUACUAGACAGUCAGAAGUAUGUUUGUAUUCUGGAGGUGCCUACGUCAUAUACACUCACUAUGGGUGAUGGAUAUAGGUCUAAUAAUCCAUGAAGGACUGUGCAUUUGAUAGAAAAAGUCUAUUGAGUUACUUUUGAGUGCUGUUAGCCUAGCAAUGUUAGCCUAGCAAUGUUAGCCUAGCAAUGUUAGCCUAGCAAUGUCUGGUUGUAGCAAUGAUAAGCAAGAUGAAGUAAAGGGGAUGAGAUCUUGUGCAUGUAUCCACCAAACAAGCAUUUAUGAGUCACCAAAUUCUCACCUAUCUUUAAAAUAGUAGAUGCUAAAAAGAAAACAAUAUUUAUAAUUGUCAGAUGUCUUCAUACAUCAAAAGUGGUGUUGUGUCAAACCAAAUCAAUUGCAAAUAUCAACACUUUUGAGGAAUAAAAAUGUCUGACGAGUUUUGAUUUUGGGGUGAACGAUCGCUUUCACCUUUUACUGCAGUGGGCUAAAACAGGGUCACAUAAAUCUACUUCAAAACAAAAGUAUACACCUCACACACAUGGUUAUGGGCUUAAAAGAAAUAAGACACCUGCACCAUGUCACAUAUAGAGUUGAAAUGUAUUACAUUUUGAGUUUGAAUCCCAAUAUUACACUUUAUAUACAUCACAGAAAACUGAAAUAUAACAAAAUCGUUUGACAUAGAAAAAACAGAUUUGUUCAAAAUAAUGCUUAUUAAUUAUGAAAUGAUGAAAAAUAUGAAUAACAUUCCACCCAUGAGGCCACUAGGUCAUUUGACUGCAGGAAAGGGCUCUGGGAGGGGAUAAUAAGGGAGAUAUUAUUUAUUUAAUCUCUAAGUCAUAAAGAGAAAGCUAGUGAAGCCGACACAGCAGGCUACUGUGUCCGUCUGUAUUUCAAACCUACAUCAGUUGUUUAGAGCAGAAGGGAGACAGAGCCUGAUGUGAAUAAUACACAGCAAUGCUAGAAUCUCUGCCUGCCACACUGGAGAGGCAACAUCAUGCAAUCUACUGAGGCUGCCCUAAAACAAGAGUGAAAGAGGACUCAACUUCUCUCUCAGGUUCAGUAGUGACACGGAAGAAUAAAAAAACAACAGGCUUGUGGUCAAUUCCAUUUAAAUUUCAGUCAGUUAAUUCAUUGAAAUUCACUGUAUUUAUUUCCUGAGGGGAUUGGAAUUGAAUCGGAAUCGACCCCUUGGUUUGUCAACAAUGUUGUUGGCCUAAACAGGACCAAACGGAUGAAUGUCAUUGGUCAGUUUGACACUUUGGUCAUCUCCCACAAGGCUGUGCAGUGCAUAGCAACUCCAUGGGAGCAGUUUUAUUAACAACUGCAGAAGCAUUCAGAUCAAAUGUUUCUCUUCAUUGUCUGUUUUGUUUCACAGAAAAACCUCAGCGGACACAUUUAUUUCAACUCCAGAUCCAUCGCCAUUUUAAUCGCUUGUAGUCCUUCAGUUUUGUAUUGUAUGCAUAACCUGCUGUUAUAUCUGAUGAAGAUAUAGAUGCUUCAUUCAUUGUUUAUGUUUACAGGAGGCUGUGCCUCCUCCUUCAACACACCGUCAUAUGUCUUGCUGGCCAAAAGCUUCACCUGCAAUCAUACACCAUAUACCAAUCAAAGAGAUGACGGAGAGGUUCCACAAAGAACAGGCUUAAAGCGAUUCUAUACCUGGAACUGCCGAUGACAGAAGAGUGCCGUUUAAAGUUACACACACCAUUAUGUUUUACUGUACCCCUACAGGGCAGAAAGUAUUAAGAGCUUUUAGAAGAUAAUAACACAAUGCCAGGUUGAGUGUAUAGAAUCAAAAGGACAUAAAUGCCUCCUGGCAUUGCUGAGGGAUGAUUGUCUCCAAAGCAGCUGAAGUAACUUGACAAAGGGGCGUAGAGCAGUGUUUAGCAACCUUUUACUACCAGUGAUUGGCAAACUAUGACACCCUUAACAACUAACCGCCUGAGGGACCUGUCAGUAACAUCCCUGGGAAAGGUGCCGGUCCACGGACCAGAGGUUGAGAAACACUGGUAUAGAGCACUCCUGCAACUCCCCCGACCCUGCCAUCUGUUUAGGGUUGUGUACUGUAGGCACAAAACAGGAGCAAAAUGUUCUGAAAUGGAGCACGGGAUCAGUUACCUGAACACUUCUCCUGUUUUCUUCUGUUUCCCACUAGGCACUAACUGGUUGAAUCAACGUUGUUUCCAUGUCAUUUUAACAGCAAAGAUCUAUGUGAUGACAUUGAAUCAAUGUGGAGAACUGAUUGGAUUUGCAAAAAGUGAUCAAUGUAAAGGAUUUUGGAUAUAAUUGUCUUUUUUCACCUAACUUUUGUCCUAAAUCCAAUGAGAAGGUUCGCAUGUUUGUUGAUUUUACUUUGAGUUCACGUUAGUUGACAGUCAAAACUAGAUGUUGAACUGACGUCUGUGUCCAGUGGGUUGCGUGAGAGCGACUGGCCCUGUGCAUGAACAGGCCCAAUAAACCACACGCUGAGAACAAUAUGAGUAGAGGUGUAGAGGUUCUAGACUUAUGGAGCUCGACAGAAUGUACCAAAAUGUGCCUGAAAUGAACUGUUUGUCUUCCAAUGUCUGUAUUCAACAUUUGUUCCAAAAC